CCGGGAGGGGCGGGGCGGUAGCGUGUUUACAUCCGGCCGGGCUGGGAAUCGUUGUCCCGGGUCGCUCGGCCCGGGUCCGAACCUCAUUUGCCAUGGACACCAGCGACUUAUUUGCCAGCUGCAGGAAGGGGGACGUCGGCCGCGUGCGGUACUUGUUGGAGCAGCGAGACGUGGAGGUGAAUGUGCGGGACAAGUGGGACAGCACCCCUUUGUACUAUGCCUGCCUCUGUGGACACGAGGAGUUGGUACUCUACCUGCUGGCCAAUGGAGCCCGCUGUGAGGCCAAUACUUUCGAUGGCGAGCGCUGCCUGUACGGGGCACUGAGCGACCCUAUCCGCCGGGCGCUGCGGGAGUAUAAGCAGGUCACCGCGUCCUGCCGGAGGCGGGAUUACUACGAUGACUUCCUGCAGCGGCUUCUGGAGCAGGGCAUCCACAGCGACGUAGUCUUCGUGGUACACGGAAAGCCAUUCCGGGCCCAUCGCUGUGUACUGGGUGUUCGCAGUGCCUACUUUGCCAACAUGCUGGAUACCAAGUGGAAGGACAAGAGUGUCGUGGUCCUCAGGCACCCCCUAAUCAACCCUGUGGCCUUCGGGGCUCUGCUGCAGUACUUGUACACAGGGCGCCUGGACAUUGGCGUGGAGCAUGUCAGUGACUGUGAGCGGCUGGCUAAGCAGUGCCAGCUAUGGGACCUGCUCAGCGACCUGGAAGCCAAGUGUGAGAAGGUGUCUGAGUUUGUGGCUUCCAAGCCUGGCACAUGUGUGAAGGUGCUGACCAUUGAGCCCCCUCCAUCUGAUCCCCGGCUCCGGGAGGAUAUGGCACUGCUGGCCGACUGUGCCCUGCCGCCUGAGCUGCAGGGUGACCUUGGAGAGCUGCCUUUUCCCUGUCCUGAUGGUUUCAACAGCUGCCCUGAUGUCUGCUUCCAAGUAGCCAGCUGCAGCUUCCUCUGCCACAAGGCCUUCUUCUGCGGUCGCAGUGACUACUUCCGGGCCCUGCUGGAUGACCACUUCCAGGAGAGUGAGGAGCCUGUGGCCUCGGGUGGUCCUCCAGUAGUCACCCUGCAUGGCAUCUCACCGGACAUCUUCACCCAUGUGCUGUACUAUGUGUACAGCGACCACACUGAGUUGUCACCUGAGGUGGCCUACGAUGUGCUGAGUGUGGCUGACAUGUACCUGUUGCCAGGCCUGAAGAGGCUUUGCGGCCGCAGCCUGGCCCAGCUGCUAGAGGAAGACAGUGUAGUUGGCGUGUGGCGCGUGGCCAAGCUGUUCCGCCUAGCCCGACUCGAGGACCAGUGCACUGAGUACAUGGCCAAAGUCAUUGAGAAGCUGGUGGAGCGGGAGGACUUCGUGGAGGCAGUGAGGGAGGAGGCAGCGGCUGUGGCGGCCCGGCAGGAGACAGACUCAAUCCCGCUAGUGGAUGACAUCCGCUUCCACGUGGCCAGCACAGUCCAGACCUACAGCGCCAUUGAGGAGGCACAGCAACGGCUGCGGGUGCUGGAAGACCUGCUUGUGUCCAUCGGCUUGGACUGUUGAGUCUUUGCUAUUGUGUGGCAGCCCCAAGGCUGGGGGCACGCAUGUGUGGAGUGCACAUGCAGGGACCCUUGCUCUGGAACAUGGCGUGUGGAGGGCUUAACAGUUUUCUCCCUCCGUGGGCCCGAGGACCUUGCAGGGUGUCCUUGGGAUGAGCCUCCUCCCGCAGUGCACAAGGUAGCCCUAAGACUGUGGGGCCAGUACCUCUCAGGGAAAGCUGGGGUGAGGUCAGCUCCGGGUUCGCCCACUCCCACAGAACCCCACCUGCUCCUUCUGGCCCUGGCCCAGCCCUGGCUUGCUCUGGCUGCGUUCACUACAGGGCUGGGCAGGAAGGGCAGAGAGUCUGUGUGUGUGGUAAUAAAGCUUCGAUUCACUGUG